CCAGUUUCCCAGUAUGGCUACAGGUACAGUUUGUGUUCAUGCCCUCUCUGCAGGCCAUUUCUGCCUGCUGGAGGAAUAUUUCAUCGAACCUUGCCCGUCAGCUGGAAGCCGAAAGAUGGUUCCUUCUCUAUGCUUUUUGGUACAACCCACUCCAUCCAUCAGGAGAGCCACGACCAAUAUUCUCUUCGACUUGGGGGUAAGACGGGAUCCCUCUUUAUACUCGGAGCAAAUUCGUCAACACAUCAAAACUCGGCACCCCAUGUCUACGAACCCCGAUGUGACGAAGAUUUUACAAAAGGGGGGUUUAAGGCCGAAUGAAAUUCACUUUGUCGUUCUGUCACGUGUGUGCUCCAAUAUUAUUCAUCACCCCCGGCUUGGAUAUCCAUCUUACUUCAACCAUGAGCAGGUACACUGGGACCACAUUGGCUACCCGCCUGAUUUUGCAAGUUCGGAAUUCGUCAUUGGUCACGGUUCAGCCGCUGUGCUUUCCGGGACCUCUUCGGCUUCUCUUAGGGGCAGCCACUCUUUCUUCGAGGCAGAUUUGCUACCUGCCGGUAGAACAAUCGAGCUAUCUGACCCUAAUAUAUCUCACCAAAGUAGCAGUGAGGCCGGGAAGCACGAAAUCCAGAAUCUGACACCCAACUGGACACAAUGGCAGCCAAUUCCGUCACUAGAGAUCCCGAAAGCUCUCGAUGUUUUCAACGACGGCUGUCUCUAUCUCGUGGAUACGCCAGGUCACUUACCAGGACAUACAAAUCUUCUUGCUCGAACAGAGAGCGGCUGGGUUUAUCUUGCCGCUGACUCCUGCCAUGAUCGGCGGAUCUUGCGCAAAAAGAAGGGGAUAGGCGAGUGGACAGACGAGAAUGGCAGGAGUUGCUGUAUUCAUCAUGACCGGGCGAAAGCCGAGGAGACUAUUGAGAUGAUCAGGGGGCUGGAGGCAAAGGGGGUCGAGAUCAUUUUCGCACACGAUGAAGAGUGGGAGACAAGAAACCCGCUACGGUUUUGGGGAGCCUGAUCAUACCCCUUCAUGGCAUUGAGACCAUCCCGCCUUGCAGCAGUCCCCGCACCAUGAAACCAUGGGUAUUAACAGGACUGAAAUGACAUCGGCUAUGUAGUCUGCGUGGGGGGUGUUUAGGCGGCGGCAGUUCAGCGUCCGUCCUAUGCUCUGCCGAUCCCAAACUGCCUAUGAAGGGGCACGGGACUUAGUUAUUCGUCCGACCCUUAAGAUAAUAAUUGGCUAUUUUUGAAAGGCGAAUUUUAUCCAACUUCUCUACCUCGUUCAAUCUUACGAUUCUCAGGAUCCAGCAUACUUAAUUGCCAACAUCAUGUCUCGCCAGGCCCAGCAACAAGCGGCUAGAGAUCGCUUUAAUGCACUUCUGGGGCCUGCCACUUUCCAUGAGGGCUGGGAAUCCCUUCUAGCCCUUUCGCCGUCCUUCUUCAACGCAAGUGUGUCUCUUGCUUCAGUCCCGAGAAAGAAUCUUCACUUGUCCUCCAAGAACCAAGCUUUGCUAGGCUUGGCAGUCGAUAGUGCAGCAACUCACCUGUUUACUCCUGGCAUCAGAACCAAUGUUGCAGCCGCAUUGAAAGAGGGAGCCUCAAUAGCCGAGGUUGUCGAAGUUAUUGAAUUGAGCAGCACGCUGGGGAUUCAUGCUUGUAACAUUGGAGUCCCUCUGUUGGUGGAGGUGCUCAAGGAAGAGGGGCUGCAUGUCGCCGAGACAACAAAAGAGUUUGAUCAAAGACAGGAGAAGCUGAAGGAAGAGUUUACCACUAAAAGAGGAUACUGGCAUACAUUUUGGGAGGACUUUCUGAGGCUAGAUGCAGACUUUUUCGAGUCAUACCUGGAGUUCUCGGCGAUGCCCUGGACUAAAGAAGUGGAUGGAAAGGUAGGAGGUGCCUUGGAGCCAAAGGUGAAGGAGCUAGUAUACUGCGCUUUUGACUGCGCUUCGACACAUUUGUACAAGCCAGGUCUGAAGCUACACAUCAGAAAUGCUUUGGGAUACGGUGCUACUCCUCAUGAGAUUUUGGAAGUGUUCGAGAUUGCCACACUUUUGAGCUUGCACACCGCUCAUGUCGCUGCACCUAUCAUUUUGGAGUUGAAUGCGCAGAAGGGAACAAUUUGAGGGUGACAGAUCUGAUGACGGUUGCAUAUUAUUUCAGGUUCGGAACCGAUUACCGAGUGUUUCUGCUGCUUUCCUUUUCAGCCAUUGAUUAGGUAGUUUUUAUUGAUAUACCCUGAAAUAUCCAUGUUAAAUAAAU